AUUAAAGUGGAUGUAUUCUAUUUAUAGACAGUAUAAAUCAUUGCGCUGUCUUAUUAACAGUUUCAAGAAAUCAGCAUAAUGUUGUACGACGUACAGAAUAAAACUGUUAUGAUCACUGGAGCAGCUCGCGGAUUAGGCUACAAGUACGCCGAAAUACUGCUUCGCAAUGGUGCAAAGAGAGUUGCCGUGGUCGACCUACCAACAUCGGACGGCCAGAAUGCGGUGUCUACGUUGGAGAACGAAUUUGGAAAGGGCCAUGCCGUCUUCAUCGCCUGUGACGUGACGAAGAUUGACGAUUUGGAGAAAACGUUCAAGAAAGUCGUCGAUUCAUUCGAAGGGCUUGAUAUUCUUAUCAACAACGCCGGUAUGUUGAACGACAAGUAUUUGGACGAGACGAUCGAUCUGAACGUCAAGGCGCUAAUUCGUGCCUCUAUGUUGGCAUUCGACUAUAUGGGAAAGCAUAAGGGCGGCAAGGGCGGUGUAAUCGUGAAUAUUGCAUCCGUAGUUGGAUUGCACGAAGCUUAUUUUCUGCCAAUAUAUUCCGCUUCGAAAUAUGCCGUCCUGGGAUUCAGCAAGUCUCUGGCAAGUAUGUACGACAAGACCGGAGUGCGAGUUAUUAUCAUGUGCCCGGGCGUUACAUUCACAGCGUUGGUCGCAAACAUAAGCGAGAAGCUUUGUGACUCUGUCCGUGCAGUGAUAGGCAGUGAGGUCAACGAGAUGGCAGAUUAUCCAACACAGACAACGGAUAAUGUGGCACCUGCAAUGUUAGAUCUCAUCCAGAAGGGUGAAAACGGAUCGGUUUGGGUCAGCGAAGGUGGUCAACCGCCAUACGCCGUAGACUUUAACCACUACUCCAAGCGAUCUCUGUCUGUAUAAGUUGAUAUUUGAUUGUUUUCCUUUAUUGUGAUUAAUUCGCAUCAUGAUUAUCAAAUCAAUUAUGUGUACGAAAUGUCAAUUUUAAAAUAAACAAUUAUAUCUGAA